AUGCAGCCCCUCGGAAGCGACACGCAAAGCCUCUGCGUGGAGGCGCUGCGGAGCGCGCGGAGCGCCAGCGACGCCGACCUGCUGGCGACGCUGACGGAGCUGGAGGCGCUGCUGCCGCAGGCGGCCCCCAGCGCCCCCCUAAUAAACGCUGCUGCAGCACAAGAGCUGCUGUCGAUUGCUGCAGCAGCAGUGAGCUGCUGCCGGCUGCCGGUGGCGCAGGCGGCGCUGCGGCUGCUGAACGCGGGCUUGCCGGAGGGGGGGUUGAUAGAAAUGCUGGCUCAAGACGAGAGCCUGGGCCUUGCUGCGGACCUGCUCGAAACCUGCACCGCCAAGUGCUCCGCCUUCGACGACUUCGUCACAGCUUCCGUCUUGGAGCUCACCAUCAAGCUUUACCUCCGAAUGGUCCAGGAGAACAGAGACCGCAUUGUUGUGCUGCUGGGCGAGUCGACUCACCGAGUCGCUUCCGCCUCCCUCCGCAUUUCUCUUCUUUGCCUCGGCCGCUGCCUAGCACCUCCAGACGCUGCUGAAGUGCAAAUGAAAAGAAAUGAACUCGCGAGGAAAUUCGCCUUCCAAAAACCUGCUGUUGCUGCUGCGCGGCUUUUUCUGCUGCUGCUGGAGAGCGCGGACGACCUCGUGUGUCAGGUCGACGCAGAGCUGGAGGAGCUGGCGGCCUGCCUGGGGGGCCGGCUGCCGUUCGCAGUGCUGGGGACUUAUGGCCAAAUUCUCCACAAGGCCCUCCACGCUGUCUUCCCCGAAGCCCGCGGCCGCCGCCCUCGUGCUGCAGUGCCCCCGGAGGACUUUGACUUUUGCUGCUGCGCUUUGGGGCUGGGGGACUUGGCGCAGCAGCUGCUGCAGCAGAAGGCCUUUUCGCUGGAGGUUUUGCUGCAGUGGAGCAGCGCCAGGGGCGCUGCUGCUGCUGCUGCUGCAGCUGCUGCUGCUGCUGCUGCUGCUGCAGCGUUCGACGCGGGGGUGCUGGAGCUGACUCCGAAACCCAAAGAGCGAGUGGUGCACGACGGCCUGGCUUUCUUCGUGUGGGAGAACGGCGGCAGCCGCGCAGUUCCGCUGUAUUCAAUUACCCGCAUGGAGUGCGAGGGGCGUUUUCUGAAGAUAGCAUUUUUGCAGCUUCCGGCAGAGGGCGCAGACCCGCGCGCGCUGCUGCAGCAGCCCGAGGCGUUCUUCGAAGGUGUCGAGACAGUGCAGCUGUCCUUCAGCAGCGCGGAAGAAGCAGCGCUGCUGCAGCAGCAGCUGCAGCAAGUGCACAAACUGGAACAAAUGGAAGAAUAUGACUUCAACUUCCUCGAAGGAAUCUUCGACGAACUCAGAGAGCCGCUGCAGCCGCAAAGGGCGGCGCUGCUGCUGCGGCCUUCGCUGCUGCUGGGGCUGGACAGAGCAGCAGCAGCACGCAGCAGCAGCAGCAGGGCGGCGCAGCAGCUGCGGCAGCGGCAGCAGCAACAAAGAAUCCUGUUUGCUUCCACUAAAGGCAUGCAGGCGGGGGCCUCGCCGAGUGCAGAUCUCGACGCGGGCGCUGCCGCAGUCGCUGGCGAGGAAAACGCGGAGACAUCUGAACAAAAACAAAAAAACAGAAGAGCCCGGGUCUUCACCCCGCAACGGCCGAGCGAUGAACCGGGGGCUGACCGGGAAAAGGCCGGAGAUCGCCCGCCAUUCAACUUCCCGCCGCUGCCACCCCCCGCCAAGCUGUCUCAGUGGCGCCGCGUGAGUUUGGCGACGACGAAGAGCUGCGACACCGAAGAGGGGCAGAAGCUGCUGCUGGAACAGAAUUUGAAGUCCAGUGGUCACCUGCUGCAGCAGCUGCAGCAGCAGCAGCAGCAGCAGCAGACAGCCCGCAGCUCGAGUUCAAGUGGACCACUGGUCACCUCCAGCCCGGCGCAGGAAGCUGCAGCAGAAGACGCCCGCAAACGCGGCGCAAGCACCGCCGCAGAAGCUCCUUCAGAAUCCAGUGAUGGCGAGCAGCAGCAGCAGCAGCAGCAACUGCAGCAGCAGCUGCAGCAGCAGCUGCAGCAGCAGCAGGAAGAGCAAGAUCAGCAAGAGGCUGACUUAAUCAGCAAUGCAAGUCAAGAGCCGCAGCAGCAGCAGCAGCAGCAGCAGCAAUGCUACAAAUUGAACAAAAAUGGCUUUUUGGACUCUCCACAGAAACGGUGCGAAGGCGGCAGCACAGCUUCCUGUGGUUCGCCAGAGGAGCCACAGCAGCAGCAAGAGGCAGCAGCAGCAGCAGCAGCAGCAGCAGCAGCAGAAGAGGAGAAGGAGCAGCACAAAAGCAGCAAAAGAAGCAGACGGAGGAACAAGUGCAGCACGGAGGAGUCCGAAGAAAGAGCCACAAGUCCCUGCCUUGAAACUGAAAUAAACCAAACGCAUGCACACUCCAGCCAAGAGACGCUGCUGCAGCAGCUGCUGCAGCGCAGCAGCAACUCAUCCACAGACCCACAGCACGCCGAGGAGUGUGCGCUGCUGCUGCUGCAGCAGCAGCUGCAGCAGCAGCAGCAGCAGCAGCAGCAGCAGCAGCUAAGCAUUGGCAGCCAUUUGCUGUGGCGCGCAGCGCCAGAGGCGGAGAGCAUUCCCCAGCUGCUGGAAAUCGUAAAGCGGAAAGUUGAAGAGUCAAAAUUGGCGAAGUUGGAAGACACCCGACGGGCGUGA